GUGACACGACGGCCUCGUCUUGAUUAUAUGCAUGCCUUAAUGGUCCACCCGCAACCUUUAGCGACGCGCCGAACGGUGUCACAGAAACAUGUUCUGUAUUCAGAAAUUCUGGCUCCGAAUAUCCACCGCUGCCCACCCACGACAAACACUAUGGGAGUGAAAGCAGGGGAAAUAGAUCUUAUGGUCGGAUUCCAGGAAUUAAAACGAGCAUUGAGAGAUGUGGAAGACGUUACGAGCGUUCCUUUGCCUACUAUUCUAGGUCCUUUCUUUGCCUAUCAUCCGUUCUCCUCUUUCGACGGGACCAAUCACGUCUGCCGCGCUUUCCUCGCUUCACAAGUUCUUCACUUGCGGUCUUAUUUCAUCGCAAUCCGUUCUCUCGAUGCUGCACUCGUGGAACUCAGCAGCACUGUAUCUCACUGCAAAUUUGAACCUAGUGACUCAUCCGGAGAUGAAGUCGUUCUACUCAAGAUCAUGACUGUCAUACAGGACUGUCUCUGUGAACACGGAACGGUGCUAGGAGACGUAGAGACCGUUCUUACGACGUGCUGUCAGAUGCGCCUGAGUGAAACCUUGCGACGCUCUGCGGAAACCACAAUGCAUGCUCUAGUCCGAACCGUCUUCUCUCGGCUCCACUUCUUGGAUGCUGCCUCAGAAGAGGAGAAACUGCGUUUCAGUGAUGAAGAGACCCAAGAUGGCGAGAUAAAGAUGUCAGUGUCGACAGACCAGGUCCAAGAAGAAUCUCUGCCAGAACAGUUUCCGACGCCAGUUCCGGAAGAACCACAUCCUCCACCUUCCCCGGCACCUAGUGGUCCUAGACCUCAGUACGGACUACCAUCGAUAUUGGAGCUUCUUCGCGUUCUUGUCUACGUCUUGGACCCCAACGAUCAGCAGCAUACCGAUUCUACGCGCUUAAUCUUGGCCCCUAGAAUCACAGAUUUCCCCUCAUUGGAAGCACUUAUCCUUGAUCCCUGUUGCAAGUUCCUGUUUCAGCUGGCGCGAUCGGAAAAUAGCUCUGUCCUCCAUUCCUCAUUGCGCACGAUAUCAACCAUGUUUGACACUAUGCGACAACACCUAAAACUGCAGCAAGAGCUCUUCUUGGCGUUCACGAUAGAUCGCCUCGCUCCUACACUCCCAAAGGCACAACAGGCUAUAAGCAAGAAAGGUAUCUACGUAGGAUCUCCUAGACCUGGAACGCCUGGCACCCCGUCUUUAGGACCAGUUGAUGACGAGCUACAGCUAGAAAAACAAGCGUCUACUCCCCCUCGAUUACUUGUCCCCCCUGCCCGAGGCGAAACGCGUGAUUUAAGUCUGGAAAUCUUGAGUCAGAUAUCCAGGCACCCUAGUUUUAUGGUUGAUUUAUAUACCAACUACGACUGUGACAUUAAUUGCGAAAAUUUGAUGGAACGUCUCAUCGAUUUUUUGACAAAGUCGGUGUACCCAGCAUACUACAGCGGAGGCUUGGACGUGCAACAACGAAACGCCCAAUUCCUUUGCCUGGACCUUCUGCUAGCAUUUGUCAACGAUAUGGCCGGUCGAGCUAGUGGCACUUCAACCCCGUGGCCUUCAGAGUUCCCGUUUCCAGAGUCCCUUCUGCAGAAGAAAUCUCAAAAGAAGUUGAUUCUCGCCGGUGCUUCUCGUUUCAAUGCAAAGCCAAAGGCCGGAAUCGCCUUUCUGGAGGAGAAUGGACUAAUAUAUGCCGACUUGUCGCCAGAGGUCAGUAAAGCUCAGAGUCUUGCAAAAUUCCUGAAGAGCUGUACCCGAUUGGAUAAACGCCUUUUGGGAGAUUACAUAUCGAAACCUGAUAACAUCGAAGUGCUUAAAGCAUUUGUUGGUCUUUUCGACUUCAAAAACAAACCUAUGGCUGAUGCCAUGCGAGAACUAUUGGAAACAUUUCGAUUGCCUGGUGAGGCGCAGCAAAUCAACCGAAUAACGGAGACAUUUGCUCUCGCAGCUGAAAUAAGGAGCGAAGAUGCCGUUUAUGUCCUAGCGUACUCUAUCAUCAUGCUCAACACUGAUUUGCAUAAUCCGCAAGUUCGGAAACGAAUGUCUUUUGAAGAGUAUCAAAAGAACUUACGGGGUGUUAACGAUAAAGGUGAUUUCCCCGCUGAAUACUUGCAAAACAUCUAUGACUCCAUACGGAAAAGAGAAAUCGUCAUGCCUGAGGAGCAUACGGGACAGCUUGGCUUCGAGUAUGCAUGGAAGGAACUUUUGACACGUUCACGACAAGCUGGUGACUUUAUGAUAUGCAAUACGCCUCAUUUCGAUAUCGACAUCUUCAAGUCCGUCUGGAAACCUGUCAUCUCGGCCAUUGCCUAUGCAUUCAUCAGUUUUGACGAUGACUAUAUUAUUCAACGGUCUGUAGCCGGAUUCCGACAAUGCGCUACCCUCGCUGGCCACUUCCGUCUUCCAGAUGUGUUUGACUUCGUAGUGGUGUCACUUUCGCAGGCGACCAGUCUUCUUUCAGAUUCUGCAUCCGUCCAAGUCCCCAAUUAUCCUGUUGUAGAUGUAGAAGGACAAUCUGUCACAGUCUCCAAUCUAUCCAUCAACUUUGGCACGAACUUCAAGGGUCAACUAGCUGCCGUGGUCCUCUUCAAUAUCGUAAACGGGAAUGGCAAUGCUCUCCGAGAAGGCUGGACACAGAUCUUCGAGAUGUUCCAAAAUCUUUUCCUUCACUCCUUGCUUCCAACAAGGAUGCUCCAGAUGGAAGAUUUCCUUGGUGGUGUUUCCAUGAUACCUCUGCGUGGAAGUCAGCCACAGCGGCAUGCAUCACGUAGCGAUGGGGGGCUUUUGUCGACACUGUCUUCAUAUUUAAUGACACCCUAUGCCGCUAGUUCUGAGGCGUUACCCGAGGCCACCGAUGCCGACGUUGAGAAUACGCUUUGUACGAUAGAUUGUAUCACGUCAUGUCGUCUGGACGAGCUGUACAGCCAGAUCAUGCAAUUGGACCUGCAGGCUCUUGUUGCAGCAAUCCGCGCUCUAGAGGCGUUAGCGCAUGACCGGACGGUAGCGAAGCUCAAACAAGGUUCCGAUGAUGAAAACUUUGCGCCGCAAGAUAAUGAUACUCACGUCCUUCCCUACGAUCCUGCAUCAAUAUUCCUGCUGGAGACCAUGGUUAGUAUAGCUUGUCAGACGCCACAGCACAUCGAAGAUCUAUGGCCAAUCGUCUUCGAACAUUUAUCAAAUUUACUCUCGUCUUCUGAGCAGUAUAGCGUUCUCCUCAUCGAGCGAGCUGUCGUAGGCCUCUUGCGGCUCUGUCUAAUACUUGCUCAAAUUCCAUCUCUUCGAGACCAAAUCUAUGUAUCUUUCGAUCUUUUGUCAGGGCUGACACCAGCUAUUGCCAAUUCGGUUGCAGAGCAGGUCAUAUCUGGAGUCAUCCUCAUUGUUCAAAAGCAUCGCGAUGUCAUAAGUUCUCAAACAGAGUGGAAUCUAGUCUUCGCCCUUGUUCGGUCGACCGUGUCUCAUCCAGAAGCCGCGCGCCUCUCUUUCGAGCUUGUAACUGGCCUAGUGACUGAGGGACCUCAACAAUUUAUCACGUUUGCUUCUAUUGCAGGCACUUCUGUACAAAGCCAGCGACAUGGACGACGCCAUGAGCCUGCGCCAUCCGCGAGUUCACCGGCUGUAGAGCGCGGCAAGAAAGCUAUUGAAUUACUUGUCAAUCUCAAAAAAUGGCUAUCGACCUUGGAUACUUCAAUUUUAUCCCGAGACAAAGCCUGGCAUCAAUUAUGGCUACCAUUGCUUACCUCGCUCAGCCGACAGUCAUCUAAUGCAUCUCGCGAGGUUCGGCAUAGCGCCAUGAGUCAACUGCAGCGCGUGCUAUUAGGCUCUCAUGCCAUGUUCGAUGAGGCAACAGAUGUACAGACAGAGGAGAUCUUCAACCGAGUCGUAUUCCCCCUUCUAGAUGAUCUAUUGAAGCCGCAAAUCUUCUUGCGCGAUCCGCGUGGAAUGCCAGAAACGCGGCUACGAGCGUCAGCACUUCUGUGCAAAACAUUUAUGCACUUUGAGGUUCGCGAAAGCCAGAUGCAAUCCGAUAUCCGUGUUUUGUGGAUACAGAUUUUGGACCUACUUGAUAGACUGAUGAAUAUCGACAAAAAAGACCAGCUAUACGAAGCUAUCCCUGAAUCGUUGAAAAAUGUCAUCCUCGUGAUGAAUGCUGCCCAGAUCCUCGUCCCACCAUCGUUAAACGAUCAACGCAGUCAACAACAACGGACACUAAUGGAGCGCUUUUUGCCUGGAUUCCUAGUUGACAACCGGAAACCAGAACCUGUACCAGAGUCUGCACCGACUCUUUCAUAGAAUACCUACGGACCUUGUUACUCGGAUAUUAUAUUUACACGGGAGGGGUUUGAUGAUAACUGUAUGAUACGAGGUUUGAUAAGUCAAGAUGGGAGUCAAUGAAGCUCCAAGUUGGGACCUGGUCCUCCAUCGCGUAUGAACAAUUCAGCACGUUAUAGACCAUAGUAAUCACUCUCCUUUUCUGCGAUGUAUCAGCGGUUUCCUUUUGUCCAAAGUGCGUUUUCAUGCUGACUGGUUCAACCCCUCUCGUGCAAUCACCAAAAUCUAACAAGAGCACCCCGAAGAAAUGAAAGACUGGAAUUGGUAAAUGAGCCGUAUAGGAUAGACCUUGCACAGAUCCACCCCAGACGAUGCAAGUGGUCAACAGCAUUUUCAUAGUUUCUUAUC